AUGUCGAAAAAAUUUAAUAUUCGUGAAUAUGUUAUUUCAAUAAAAUAUUGGUCACUAUUAUUUAUUCCUCAUUUAGCCAUAUCUCUAAUAUUUUUAAUUUAUACAUUUAUUGGUGCAUCUAUUAUACAAGAAAUUGAAUCACAAAAAUAUCAUUCAACAACAAAUGUUAUUACUGUUCAAUCAUCGACUGUAAAAACAAUUGAACGUGAACGUGAAAAAUUUUUAACAAAAUUAUUAUCAAAACGUCAAGCAAUUGAUAUACAAACUUAUACAAAAUAUAUACGUGAUCAAUUAUUAGAAUAUGAAGAAGAAAUAAAAGAAUGUUAUCGUUCGACAAUAAAUAUUAAUAAACAUCAAGAAGAUUAUUUAUCAGUAAACAAGAAACAAAAAUGGUCAUUUAUUGGUUCAUUAUAUUUUGUUGGUUAUGGUGAUUAUUGCCCAGUGUCAAAAAUUGGUAAAUUAUUUGUAAUGAUUUAUGCAUCACUAGGUAUCCCGUUAACAUUAGUCUUAUUAAAUGAUUUGAGUGUAUUAUUAACACGUAUGAUUAAAUAUUCAUCAUCCGUAUUCUAUCGUUUAUAUUCUACAUCUUAUUUUUUACAAAUACGAUCAUAUUAUUUAAUACGUUUUAUUGAAGAAAAAUUAGGUAUUGUUAUUACAUUACAAGAUGUAUCUAAUUUUCAAAAUCAGCAUCGUCAACUAACAACAACAACAUCAGUAGAAGACAGUGAUUACUCUGCUCUUAUUCAAAAUGGACAUACUCAAUUUAAUACACAUCGUAAACGAUUAUCAUUUGCUUUACAAACAUUUUGGGAUAUUAUUUUAAAAUCGUUGGAUGAUGUCAACGAUAAUUUUGAUUUAACUUUAACACAAUUAGUUGUUACAUUAAUAUUUUAUAUGUUUUUUGGUGCUUGCUUAUUUUCUCGACAUGAAAAUUGGUCAUUAUUUGAUAGUUUUUAUUUUUGUUAUAUAUCAUUGUUUACAAUUGGUCUCAAUUUAAAACCGUAUAAGCCUGAAUUUAUGCUCAUCUCUUCAAUUUAUAUAUUAUUUGGUUUAGCAUUUGUUUCAUUAUGUAUACAAACUGUGCAAACAUAUAUUAAAGCAACAUUAGCUACAGUAGGAAGUAAAAUAUUAAGAGAUCUUAUUGAAUUUUUAAAGCAAAUGGGUUUUCAUGAAUUAAGUACCGAUGAGUUAUUAACUGAAAAUUUUGGACAUCACUUGUCAAAAGCUACUGAUUCUACUCAUAUGUCCCAUGGUGAUGCUGUACAACAGUGUAGUGGUACUAGCACAAAUGUUACGACCGCUGUACGUUCAACAACUGACCCACUACGUCGUUUAAGUGCCGGUUUAUUAAUACGAGCUCUUAAAUCACUUCCAGGUGAUACAGAUAAUUUCACAAUUGAAAAAAGUGUUCAAGUCAAUACCAUCAUUCGUUCGUGUGGCCGGUGUUCGGGUGCUAAUAACUUUUUUUCAAAUAUAGCAUCAGCAAGUGUCAAAAAACAUUCACCGGUAACAGCCGUAAUCGCAUCGAUUGAAAAACCAUCUUCACUAUUACCAAUGACUCUUGAAGCACCACCCUCAAUGGAAAAUUUGAGGAGAAGACGUGCUACUCUUGUUGCUCAAACAAUCAUUAAUCAAAUGGUACAACAACCGGUUUUACAGGUGAAAACAAAUGAGUCAUAUAGUGCAACACAGUCGAAUGCAACCGUUUCGGAACCGUCGACACCGUUUCGUUUGAAUGCUGAAACGACAAUCGGUCGAUAUGAAAAUACUGAUCAUUUAGAUGUAAAUAGUGAAAAUGAUACACAGACUUUUUACACCAUGCCUUCUUCAUCAAAAAGAAUUCCGUCUGUUGUCUACGGUGAAGCAUCGUCACCGUAG